CAAACGGCCCCAUGCCCACUGGCCAGCUUCCUACGCCCACUGGCCUCACGCCCGCUCGUUCGCUUGCCAAUUUCAGCCCCUUCUCUCUCCUUCCAUUUUUCUAAUUUCACUCCCGAAAAGAAAAGUAAAAAAAGAAAAUUCACAAGACAAACAAAGGAUAUCGUUUUCAUUUUUUAUUCAGGAAACACGAACCAAACAAAUCAAACCGAGCCGAAAAUUAGGGUUACCAAAUUCCCUCUCCCUUUCUUUCUCCCGGUAUUUUCCAUUUCUCUUCCUAUUUUUCGCUAAAAUCUUUUAUCUUUCCCGGGAAUAUUUCACCUCAUUUUAUCAGCUUCAUCUAUUCACCUUUUUUUUCCCCCUUUCCCCAAUCCCAGUUUCCCUAUCUUCUAACUAUUCAAUUAUACGCUAUUUUCCUAACUUUGAUUUCAAUCAUUUUCUUUUCACAGAAUUUCAUACAUGAGGGAAAAGGGAAGAUUCGUGCAUAUCUAUUUGAAAAUAGGGGGAGGGAUUUCAGGAUGUUUUGCACACCAUUGAUUGCGCUUUAUGGGUUUUGGUUAGUGAAUUUUUCAAUUUCUUUUUUUAUAAUUUUCCAUUUUUCAAUUUAUGGGUUAUUGCUGAUUUAGGGUUUCUAGGAUUUUAUUAGUCAAUGGAUUCUGUAAAUACGACCCCCUCCACCAGCAGGGUCAAAUGUUGUGAUUGCGAGUGCAAUUGUUCCAUAACAAACAGCUCCUUUUCGGGGACUUGGUUACGGACUGUCAAGCGAAAAUUUGAUGAAUAUGAUGAGAGUGAGAAGAAAUUUGUGAUCCCCGGUUUAAUUUUGCCGCAAACGGCCCGUAUAGAGAUGGAAAAUGAGUGUAUUGCUUUAAGGGAAAUGGUUUGUGACCAACAGGAAACUAUUCAGGAAUUGAGUGUUGAGUUGGAGGAAGAGAGGAACGCAGCCUCCUCAGCUGCUAAUGAAGCGAUGUCGAUGAUUUUGAGGUUGCAAAGGGAAAAAGCUGAGUCACAAAUGGAAUUUAGGCAAUUCAAAAUGUUCACGGAGGAGAAAAUGGCUCAUGACCAGCAGGAGAUAAUCGCACUGGAGGAUUUGUUGUAUAAGAGGGAGCAAGUGAUGCAGUCGUUGACUUGUGAGGUGCAAAUGUAUAAGCACAGGAUGUUGAGUUAUGGGCUAUUGGAGUCUGAGGUUGAGGAUGAUGGUGAGAAAGAGAUGGGCCAUUUUAGCCUGAACAAUAGUUCAGGUGAGAGUUUAUAUGGCCGCUUUGGAACUCCUUCUUAUGAUUACCCUCCCUUGAAGUGCACUGUAAAUGAGAACCAAGUAUACACUGAGGUUGAUAAUGAGGUUGUGGAUGUUGAGAAAUAUGCAUUUGGGGAAGCCCCACGAUCAUCUGAUCAAUUGCAAGAUCUGGAGAAGAGGAUCAAUCAGCUGGAAACAACGCCAAGUAGUCAGACUGACGGAGAAGUAUUUAACAACAAUGUUCUUGAAAAAGCAAUAGUUGUUCAGUCUCCAUUUGUAACAAAUAAAGAAAAAAUCUCAGAUUUCAUCUCAGAUUCUCCGAAGUAUGUUGGAAAUGUUAGAAAAUCAGAAAAUUCAGAAGCAGAAGAGUAUGCAAACUUGAGGAAGGUGGAUGAGUCAUCCGAAGGUGCCGAUGAAAUGAGUGACAGGGUUUAUACAAUUGACUCUAUACAUCAGGGUGCUGGAUGUAAUGGUGACUCAGAGACCAAGGCUUCUGUUCAUACCCCAAGGGAUUCAAUAAAUCAUACAGAUUUUGGAGAUCCUGUGGUCACGAAGCUUUAUAUUAGGCUGCAGGCCCUUGAGGCUGAUCGGGAAUCAAUGAGGCAGGCUAUCAUUUCUAUGAGGACUGAUAAAGCACAGCUGAUAUUGCUUAAAGAAAUUGCUCAGCAGUUGUGCAAAGAAGCGUCUCCAGCAAGGAGGACACCUUUGAGGAAGACAUCUGUAAUCAGGAGCUUUUCCUUCAUGCCAAUAUUCAAGUGGAUAAUAUCCUGUGUCUUGUGGAGAAGGAAAGCACAUCGAUGCAAGUACUUGUUUGGUUUGACAGCCAACAGGGCGGGCUUGCUAAUGCUUUUAGACAAGGGACCUCAUGUUGGGCAAUGGAGAUGUCUUUCAAGUACACAAGUUUGAGACCAAUCCUCAUUGGUCCACAUCUCUUAUGUUCAUCGGCAUGAUUGCAGAACGGAUUUUAGUCAGAUUAGUUGCUUUUGGAUGUUCAUUCAUUUGCUCUCGCCUUAUCUGGCUUGCUGCUGCGAAUUUGGGUACUGGAUUACUUUGUGCGGUGUUCUUUUAACUUGAUUGUUGGAAUUGAAUACAUCUUGAUGAGAAACAGUCAGCAAAAAUUAUAGUUGUUCCUUGGCCAUAUAAAACGUGGAUCUUAUGGCAUGUUGGAAUUUCACUUUAGGUUAGUUUACAUUUGUAUAUUGUAGAUUUGUGAAUAAUUUUCCUUGGGGGGUGUCUCAAUACAAAAUGAGUGCUUUGUUUGGGAUUGAAACGUAGGUGAUUGAUUGAAUAGAAUGAGUGCAGUUUUUGUGUU